UCGCAUCUUUCCUUCCUCGCUUCCUUCCUACCUUGCUUCCUCGCUUCCUUCCUUCCUCGCUUCCUUCCUUCCUCGCAUCUUUCCUUCCAUGCUUUUUUCCUUCCUCGCUCCCUUCUUUCCUCCUUUGUUUCCUCGCUUUCUUCAUAAAUUUCGUCCUCACUUCCUCUCCUCCUUCCUUCCUUGCUUUAUUCCUUCCUUCCAUGCUUCCUCGCUUGCUUUCUUCCUAGCUUCCUCGCUUCCUUCUUUCCUUCCUUCCUCGCUUCCUUCCUUCCUCGCUUCCUUCCUUCCUCACUUCCCUCCUUCAUUCCUUGCUUCCUCCCUUCCUCACUUCCUUCUUUCCUCCUUCCUUGCUUCCUCGUUCCCUUCAUUCUUUCCUCGCGUUGUUCUUUUGUCGCUUCAUUCCUUCCUUGCUUCCUUCCCUCCUUGCUUUCUCGCCUUCUUUCCUUACUUACUUCCUUCCCUGCUUUUUUCCUUCCUUCCUUUCUUGGGUCUUUGCUUGCUUCCUUCCUUCCUUGAUUCAUCGUUUCCUUCCUUCUUUGCUUCCUGGCUUCCUUUCUUCCUCGUUCCCUUCCUUGCUUCCUCAGUUCCUUCCUUCCUCGCAUCGUUCCUUCCUUGUUCCCUCGCUUCCGUCCUUUCUUUCUUCCUCAGUUCCUUCCUUCCUUGCUUCCUCACUUUCUUCCCUCCUCGCUUUCUCGUUUCCUUGCUUCCUUGCUUCCUUCCUUCCUUCUUUGCUUCCUUGCGUCCUUCCUUCCUCGGAAUCUUUCCUUCCUCACUUCCUACCUUGCUUCCUCGCUUCCUUCUUUCCUCGUUUCCCUCUUUCCUUCCUUGCUUUUUUCCUUCCUCGCUCCCUUCUUUCCCCCUUCUUUGCUUCCUCGCUUCCUUCACAAAUUUCUUCCUCACUUCCUUCCUUUCUUCCUUCCUUGCUUCAUUGCUUCUUUCCUUCCCUCCUUCCUUCCUUUUUUCCUACCUUGCUUACUUAUAUUACUCCCACCUUCACUUCUUCGAUUUACUUCCUCCAUCCCUUCUUUACUUGCUUGCUAACUCAAUUACUUACUUCGUUGCUUGUUUACUUCCUCACAUCCUUGCUUGCUUUCUUGAUUAUUUACAUUCUUUCAUAUGGCAGUGGAAAGACAAAUUUUGAUGAAAACCUGCAAACGAACAAACGAACGAGGAAAGAACGCAAGGAUGGACAGAAGAACAG